UUGUUUGUUUACAUUUUCAAACAGUCAAUGGUAAUGCGUAAAAGACAAUGGAAACCUGAAGAGAAAAUAGCAUCUGAUCAGACGCAACAGUAACGCUCGAAUCUUCUAUAUAAAGGUGUGGGGAAAAACCGCUGCCACAAAAAGUUAACGCUGAAUGGAAACAUUUUCAUUUUCAAAGAGGUUGAUGCAAUUGCGCCUAGUCAAUGAGUAGAUCUAAAACUUUUUCGCCCCCGUUUUUGAAAUUUGGUCAUAAACAAAAGAAAAGCGAUGAAAGGCUCAGCCCCGUUUUGCCCUGAUUGAAUCUGCACACCGUGGUAUGUUGUACCUCACAAAAACAUUAUCAUUGCAUUUCAUUGCAAAACAAGUCUUACAUGGUUUAUGCUAAAAACUAUGUACUGUAUAUCAUACACUAUUUAUGCUAUAUACUUUGUACUAUAUGCCACAAAAUAUAUCAUAUGUUCACAAUUGCUCAAAAAUCCGGAUUUACCAGAUUAAAUUAUAGUGACGAGAAUCAUAAAAUCAUAUUGCACAAGCAAGAUCCUAUUUGCAUUUAGGCAAUUUGGAAUCCAUCUACAGCAGAACAAAGGAUCCUAACUUGUGUAGACUGAAAGAAUUCGGAUUCUUCAACUGGGUAAGAGGUUAGCUGAUGGAACCAGCCAAACGCACCAUUCCUCCGCAAUAUUUACUUUCGAUACGUAUCUGCUUUUUUUAGUAUCUGAAGUUUAUGUUCUUGGGCUUGUUGGACAAAAAGCUCCUAAUUAUGUUAUGAUUUCUCUUUUCGUGCUUUUGAUAUCUUAACGAAGUUAUGAUAUCUGAAUUUGCGCUCAAUUUUUGUGGAUAAAAAUGUGGUUGAAUUAUUUUAGCGUUAUAAUAAAUUUUAUAAAAAACGUUUGAGCGAUUUCCAUGCAAAUUUUUUUGAGAUUACAGCCACGCAGUAAUCUGGCAGAAGGUUCGAAUUUUUCAGUCGAAUUUCAGGACAAUUGUUAGAAUUCCCAGUUCGUUUCUUUCUUUUAAAAUUGAUGGAAGCUGGGCAGGUGAAACGCUUUCAUAAACAUCACAGGUUAAAAAUGGAAAGCAAAAAUUUUAGUAUUACCGAAUAUGUCCCUGCAAAGAAGGCACCGAAAAAAGAAGAGAGCUGUGAGAUUGACAGCAUGCUGUGGAUAUGGGGAGAGGAUUCAGACAGAAUGACUGAAAUAGAAGCAAUCAACAAGCAGCUGCUUGCCGAAUACCCUAACGAACACAAGGAGCUCAAAAAUGAAGAACUGGUGGACAUAAAAGCCCAAUUGCAAGAAGCAGUUGAACAAGAAAAGCAAGUACUUAUUAACAGGUUAAAUGAUUCGUUUGAGAGACAAUUUGAAGAUAAUAAGAGAAAAAUUGAAUUGGAUCUAGAACAAAUUAUGGAGGAUGAAAUAAAAAAGUCCAUCAACAGGGAAAUGAAAUAUGCUGAAAGGCGAAAGGAUUUUGAGUGCAAAAAAGCAUAUGCAAAGAUCAAAUGUGAAAUAAUCAAAGCAAAAUUAGAGGGAAGCAAGAUCUGCUUGCAAUGUGGCAAUCUUGAAGCUAGUUUUGCAUGUGAAUGCUUGAAUGCCUUCUAUUGUCGCAAAGCCUGCUACGAAAAACACAAAUGGAUUCACAAAACAUACUGUGGCAAAUUCAAGCAGAAAUAACUAGAGUUUUUCAAAAAACUUUCCUGAAACUAAUAUAUGAUUAGCAAACUUGACUCAUUUUAUUGACUUCUCUUUCUUUAACGUUUUGUAGAACCUCAUGUAAUGCUGGGCUGUGUCUACGCAACAGUUUUCUAAUUAAGAACACAAUGACAGAAACUUUUUUACUCUGACUGUUUAAAUGUUAGAAGUUACAUCAUAAAUAAUGCGCGAUAAAUGGGCAUCCACUUUGAUAGGGCAUCCAUUAUGCAUGAUGUAGUUUUCCUCGAAUGGUGGUGGCCAAGUAAGGGAAAAACUACUGUUUGUUUCAGCGAUGUUUGCUCAAUAUUGCAGUUGGCUUAGCAAUCUUGAAUUUUUAUUAAGUUUCAGUCUAAACAAACUCCUUUUAGGAAGAACCAUAUAUCUUGAGCGAUGCUCCAUGUUCUUGUUUCUUGAAUAUUUUGAGGCUCAGGUUUUCUUAAUUGAUUUUUCUACAACAACACAUUAUAAAAUGUUUCUCAAACCCUGAAAACCAGUUUUGCAUGAAAGUUUUUGUAGCACGGUUUAUUGACUGAUAAAAUUUUCUAUUCUAUUCUUAUCUAUUCUAAUUAUUCAUCGGAGACUGGGCACAUUCUUAUGUUGCAAAUCGAGCCUCGAUAUUCUUCGAAAGUGUGUUCCUACAAAAAGAAUGUAUCCAAGCUAAAAUUGGAGGGGUACGAAUGAAGUUUCAUUUUUUACCUACCCUCUACCUUCAACCAGCCUAUCCUAUGCUAAUGUCUAAGGCACACCCCAUGUAAAGUAUCGCUUUGGGAGAGAAGAAGGGAGUAUGGGGGAAUCCCUUUGCAAGGACUAUCAAUUAAAUGUAUCUAUAUAUGUUAUACAAUUUGACUCCCAAUCAAUUGUGUGUAAUUGUAUAUGUUUUCAUAGAUCCAGAAACUUAGAAAAAAUAUUUGUUUAUAUUUAAGUAAUUAUUCCUUUUACACUAUUAUUCUUUAUUAUUCCUUCGUAAACGCUAAAUAAUGAAAAAACGGGAUCCAGGUUAUGAGCCUUAGAAGGUAAAAUUUCGUCAAAAAGAUCAUGGAAAGCUUUUCAAAAUUUCAUGACAGAGUUACGUCGGCAAUUGAAACAUAGCAAAGAUAAGAGCGACCAAUAUUCACAAAGACAGAGCAAUAAUUUUUUCUAAAUAAUCAAUCCUAAAGGUAUCUACUUUGUGGGCGCUUACGGGUGUUUUUUGCUACAGAUCAGCAUUUCCAAAGAUUAAAGUAAAGGCAGUUCAAUUUCUCAGUUUAUGUGUAGGCAAAUGAAAAGAAUUUUUUUAGUACUAUAUUACCCAUAAUACUGAAAGACAAUUAGAAAUGCUUUAUUUGCGAUACAAGAUAGUUCUGUAAAACACCAAAUUCCUUUUUGGUCGCUAUUCCUUAUGUUGAAUUCCAUAUUAAAGAUUUCUGUUAUUGAU